GUGAGAGGGACUACUACCAGAUACGUUAUCUGCCGAGCAUGAUGUGGAGGUUUCUGGUUCUGGGGGUAUUGUUUCGGGGGGCACAGACACAGACGCCCGCUGAAGCUGAGGUAUUUGCUGAGGAGUAUGACAGAAAGGUUGGAGUUCUGUGGAAUGAGAAUGGAAAGGCGGCUUGGAAUUAUUACACAAAUAUCACAGAUUACAACCUUGAAGUCAUGAGCAAUUCAAGCCUUAUGAUUGCCGAAUUUGACAAAAUGAUAGCAGAAAACGCCAGUAGAUUCGAUCAUCAGAAUUUCAUCAAUGAAACACUUAAACGACUAUUCAAGAAAAUAACUAGUAUUGGCUUUGCUGCAACCAAUGACAGCGAACAGAUGAAAGCGAUAACAAACCUGGAGGCGGAUCUCACAGGAAUUUACAGUAAAGGAGAGGUGUGCUUGGAAUCAAAAGGGUGCCUGCAACUUGAACCAGGCCUGACGGAUAUUAUCACAAACAGUCGGGACUAUAACGAGUUACUGGAGGUUUGGAAGGGAUGGCGGGACCAGUCAGGGAAGAAAAUGAGGACCAAGUACACAGAGUUUGUAAAAGCCAUGAAUGCGGCCAUUAAAUUCAGCGGCUUUAACGACACAGGCGAGUACUGGAGAUCGUGGUACGAGACGCCAACCUUUGAACAAGACGUAAGGAAUCUGUUUGAGGAACUAGAACCGCUAUAUAUCGAACUUCACGCUUACGUUAGAAAACGUCUGAAGCAGAAAUACGGCAAGGAACUGUUUCCAGAAAGUGGUCACAUCCCUGCUCAUCUAUUCGGUAAACAAAAAUACACUUUCCACAUUUUGGACGAAAUCGUUCGAGUUCCGGAUGCAAGUUCCGUAGACAUUACUGCCAAAAUGAAGGAACAGAACUACAAUGUAACGCACAUGUAUCGAGUGGCAGAAGAUUUCUUCAAAUCCAUUGGAAUGGAAGAUAUGACAGAUGAAUUUUGGCAAAAUUCCAUGCUUGUUAAACCAGAAGAUCGAGAUGUUGUUUGUCAUGCUUCAGCCUGGGACUUCUACGAUGGUAAAGAUUUCAGAAUUAAGCAAUGUACUAGUGUAACAGAAGACCAACUGUUGACGGUCCAUCACGAGAUGGGACAUAUAGUGUAUUUCCAAAACUACCGACAACAGCCAAGGUUAUUCCGAGGAGGAGCAAAUCCUGGUUUUCAUGAAGGAAUGGCUGACAUUGUCAGUUUGUCCUUUCAAACUCCAGAACACAUGAAAGUGAUAGGUCUUUUGGACGAAGUUCCGAAUGAUCAAGAUAGUGACAUUAAUUUUCUUCUAAAAAUGGCGUUGGACAAGGUUGCCUUUCUUCCCUUUGGUUAUUUAAUUGAUCAAUGGAGGUGGAGUGUUUUCCGUGGAGACACCAACUCCUCUAACUACAAUCAGCAUUGGUGGGAUCUCAGAUGUAGGUUCCAGGGGAUUUCGCCACCAGUUGAAAGAACAGAGGAUGAUUUCGAUCCAGGAGCAAAAUACCAUAUCCCUGGAAACACACCAUACAUUAGGUAUUUUGUGAGCUUUGUUGUACAGUUUCAAUGGCAUGAAGCGCUGUGCAAGGAAGCUGGAAAUACAAGACCUUUACACAGAUGUGACAUAUAUAAUAACACAAAAGCUGGUGACAAGUUGAGAGAGAUGCUUCAGUUGGGAUCAUCUAAAGUAUGGCAGGAUGCCAUGGAAGCCAUAACAGGACAAAGAACUAUGAGUGCUAAACCUCUCGUGAGCUACUUUGACCCACUCUUGAAGUGGCUUAAAGAACAAAACAAAGAAGAGAAUACAGGCUGGUCAGCGUCUUGCCCCUCAACAAUACCCAAACCAACACCACAAACACUCAGCGCUGGACCCACCAACUUUAUUUCAGUCAUGUGUUUUGUUCUUUCCAUUGUUUUUGCUUUUGUCAAAACACAUUGACAAUUUCUGGUCAAUUUUUAAUUCAUUACAUAUCCCGUCCUUUAGUGUAUAUUUGUUAAUAUAAUUUUCUGUGUGAAAUCCUCUAAAACAUAUGUGGAUGGCAAUGGUAAGGUUUUGUUUUUUUCCCACGAUAUGUGGUUAAAAGGUAUACAAUAAUAUUCCAUUUACAUUUUAUGUUAUUGUGUAUGUUAUUGUUUAUGUCAUGUAUAGAUAUUUAACAAAUUUAACCCCUGCCUUGCAUACGUACAAAAGGAUGUAAUCGAUCACCUUGAAAAGAUGUCGAUAAUGUGGCAUUAUGAUAAUUAUUUCUAUAAAAAUAAUCAUUGCACAAAAUGCACAAUUUCUCUGUUAACUUGAUAGGAAUUAUUUGUAGUAUUACAUGGCAGUUUAAUCAUACUAAACCUGGAGUUUAUUAACACCUAUAAACUCUGUGGUUGUGGAAUAAUAAUUUCAAGAAACUGACAAGUUGUCACCCCAAUUUAUCUUUUCAUCGUACUGGCAUGUGCUAAACAAAUUUCCCGUUUUUAAGACAGUUUAAUUAAUAUGCAGAGUUCGCUAAGAUUGUUUCUUAAUCAUGUUGAUUAUGUAAUUAUACUCUGUGGAAGAUUAAUUAGCCUGCAUGUCUUUCAUCGACCAAUUAAAUAGUGUACAUAUUCAGAAAGAAUGACAUCUUUGAUGUUGGUAUUCUUUAAAUAAAAUUCUAUACAAAAGAA